AUGACCUCGAAACACGGUCACUCCCCACAGCCUUCCCCACACGCACAGCAAAAUAAGAGGAAUCGAUAUCGACAUGUCCGAUCGAAUCAGACUCGCCCUCCCCUGGACCAUCGUCAAAGCCAGUCGCACGAGAUUCCGGACAUUGAUAUCAAGCUCUCAAGCGAUAGUCUCUGCCAUCAGACCGGAGAGCCGAACCGGUCAAACGACCUAUCUCCAUCUCGAGCGUUUCGCAGGCGUAAAGUCGAGGAGCCGAGGAGGGAUGACUUGAUUAAGGGCGAUGUUUUCGAGGAUGUCUCCACUCCCGGUCCCACAAGUCCAGAGCAGAAGCAGGUUGAAUACCCCACCUCACCUGUCAAGAAGGCAUCAGACAGUAGCGUCUCUAAAACCGACAUCACUGUCCCUGUGACUGCCAACACGCCAAGUCAAAUCCUUCUUGCCCAGCGACCGAAACCUCAAGUCGAUCUGGUGACUCGUCAUCUUGGGAUGGUACAACACCAUCAGGCCCGGUCUGAACCUGCAGGUCAGGAAAGUGUCAUGGAGCAUAUCGAAACCCCCAUCCCGACUCACCCCCAUGCUACCCCCUUCAAUUGCAACAAUACCUCCGAUAAUCCCUACGCAGAAUACGAUAUGCCCAUUUUGCGAGAACAGCCCGUGAAUAUCGCACCAAACUCUAGAUAUCCUGGCACAUUUACCAUCAACCCGUUAAAAGGCUCCAAUGUACCAAACCUCAUGCUCAUUCGUCCUGCCGCUCCUGCUUCCAUAGCGGCCAUGCGCUGUCCUACUCCACCUCACGGCAUCUCGCUCACUCGACCAUUCCCUCUUGAUCCGCCUCCCUAUACCGAUGCGGACAUUCCACUCCCUCAGCCCUACAACUCCGAUUUCCCACAUCCCAUCACAGUCUAUGCUUCUCCAGGAGUCAAUCCCAAAACCCUUCAACACUCAGGUUAUGACAUGGUUUUGGCCGAGUUGAUGGAAACCAACCCCAAACGUGCCAUGGGCGAUAUUCUGGCUUCUUCUGAGCGUGAAGGUCUCACAGCUCCCGCCUUGGCGGUCCAUGUCACCGAAGGAGACGGGAAUGGGAUUCCGGAACGUCUUUGGUCCAAAUUUGACAGUCUGGGAGCUGCUCGACUUGCCGUUGGCGUACCAUCACCUUUUGUAUCGUACGCCAGAUCGUCAGCCAUCACGCCAUCUUCUCUUCCUCCUCGAUUCCAAGGACUUCCAUUCGAUGUCGUCAAACCGCCCAUAUCACCUCUGACUCCUGGUGCCUUAUCUGCAACGGAGCUGAGAUCCUAUCACAUGUCCCUAUCUCAGUCCCGACCAAUCCACCGUUCCAACUCGGCACCACAAAUCGACCUAUUUCCUGGCAUCCGACAGAUGGCCCGUCGGCACAGUGAGAUCGACCACAUCUCGGCUAUGGAGCCCGGCGAGAGACAGAGGCAGUUGUGUCCACACUACAAGACAGAACUCUGUCCGUAUUGGCAGGCAGACACUAUCUGCAAGUAUGAUGACCAGUGUCAAUUUGCUCACGGCUAUGAUGAACUUCGCUCUUCAAGAGUAACUGGAACCCCACCUACCUUUGACCUCAGUCCGGCAUAUCAACGCUCAAACCCGUUCGAGUUCCCCACGCCUCCUGACACUCCUGUGGGUCAUGUCGAGCCCCGACGUACGAUUCUUGUUCCUUCAGCAACUCCGCUGGGUUCCCUCCCUUCUUUCAAUGAGAGACCGGAUCUUCGCCGUGCGUAUAUGCCACCAACUGGUCUUUGCACUGUCCAAGAAACAGAAGAUGAUACUCCUGUGCUCCGACAUACCGCUUUGGACCCAGUCGCCCCGAUAGGAUCCGAACGUUGUUCUCCCUCUAAGGCUUCAAGCACUACCAAAAGAUCCAUGCCACCUCCUCUAUCUACCGAUCCAGGUUAUCUACACCCAACUUCUCCUUCCAUGCCUGCCUUCCAGCUGUCUGCAGCUGCGAGCAUACACACAUCUCCACUCGUUUGUAACACUCGCGACUCAAUUUCCACCCUGACCCUAUGGUUGGAGUCCCGUCGAUAG